AUGUCGUCCGCGGGCAGGGCCCUGCGCCGGCCCCGCACUCCAGCCACAGCCAGCGGGAUCAUCAAGCCCCUCCUGGGGGUCGUGAUCGCUGCCGGGAUCCUGUACGUGGCCGUGGAAGCCGCGGGCGGGCGGAACCUGCUGGACGAGGGCCUGCGUGCGGUGGGUGGCGCCGACAUCGGCACCGCCCUGACCAGCAUCGGCCUCACCAUGUCUACCGUGAGCGGGGACCUGGAGAUCAGGGAGUACUGCCGCAGCGAGCACAGCAGCGAGCUGGCCUGGCACUUCCGCAACCAGACCGUGGACGUCCCCUUCUACACCGCCUGCCCCGGCAGCGGCUGGCUGGAGCGCUUCCAAGAGCUCGCCCCGUCUGCGCCCCUCAUGGUGGUGGACAUCGGGUGCAACAAGGGCUACUCCUCCGCCCACGUCUUCUCCCUCUGGGCCCCGGAGCUGGGCUUCGCCCCAGACACGCUCCGCACCAAGCGCCCCGAGGUACCCUGCGGCACCUGCGCAGACUGCAAUGAGCAGGUACUGGUCAAGUCCACGGUGAAGAAGCACUCGGCCCCGCUCACGCUGUUCUGCGUGGAGCCGUCCAUGCGCAACUUUGCGCACCUGAUCCUGACGCGGGACGCCUUCUUCCCGCCCACCUCCCCCCCCGACCUGCAGUGGUACAUCGUCAACGCAGCGGUGUCCAACGUCACGGGGGUCUCCCACUUCCCCCGCGGCUGCGUGGACGAGCUGUGCUCGCUGCAGGGCAACAGCGACGGCACUAGGCCCCGCGACUUCGACUAUGUCCCCCUCACCACGCUGGACGCGCUGGUGAAGGACUACGCCAUCCCCGCCAUCGACAUCCUGAAGAUCGACACCGAGGGCUUCGACGCCACCGUCAUCCUGGGGUCAAUGGAGGUGCUGGCGCGGGGGCGCGUCUCCCUCCUCACCUUUGAGUAUCACGAGGUGGGGGUCUGGCGCGAGUACGCCCUGCGCGAUGUGGUGGAGAAGCUGGACGGCCUGGACUACGUCUGCUACUUUGACAGCAAGCAGACGCUGUCGCGCAUGACCUCGUGCUGGGACCCGGCGUACGAGUACUACAACUGGAGCAACGUCGUGUGCGUCAAGCGCACCCACUUCAUGUACGCCGAGCUGGAGGCCAUGAGCUCCCGCUUCGAACGCCACCGCGCCGAGUACUACGCCGGGAAGCGGGCGGCGGGGCAGGGGAAGGAGCCGACAGUGCAAGACGCCGCCUCACCCUGA